UCUGACUUCCAUUGACCGCUCGGUUCUCAUCUUUCUCCCUUCAUUGGAAUUUGUCUUUCAAUGUUGACACAUUACCGUCACGGAUCCUCCGCUUGUCCUUAAUCCUCAUAAACUCCACCGCCAAGGCCAGCCAGAUCAAUACCCGCAGCUUCUCCACACACCGUAAAUAUCACCCAAUACCCAGCGACAGCAAGUCAACGUUGUAUGACCUACCCCCGAACCAGUAACAAUGGGAGGCCUCCAGUUCCCACCCGGUAUCGACGCAGACGAUAUGAUCGGGCACGGAAAAAGCGGAAUAGCAGCCCUAGACCCUAUAACAAAGCACGUCAUAAAAUUCCCAUACAACACAGACGAGGGAGGGGCUGAAUGCGCUCACGAGAAGGAAAUAUAUGAGCGCUUAGAGCGCUCACCACUCCCGAGACCAUCAUCCCUCCUAAAGUACUACGGCUCUACAGAGCACGGAAUCCUCCUGGAACACGCAAAGCACGGUACGUUGCGGAAAUACUCAUACGGUUUCGAUUACGGGAUCCCACCCCCUAUGAUUCUCCGCUUUGCGAAGCAAGCAGCGGAGGCAUUGCAGUUCAUUCAUGACAAUGGGAUAGUUCAUGGUGAUGUUGAUUGUGUGAGCUUUUAUGUGGACGAGUUACUGGAUGUGAAGGUCGGUGAUUUCACUCGAUCAACCGACGCUACGCCACAGGCUGUGAAGCAGGAUAUUUCGGAUUUCAGCACGGCGAUUUAUUAUCUGGCAACCAGUCAGUAUCCUUAUCCAGGGAUGACAGACAAGCAAAUCGAGGAGCGAUUUCAGAGGAAGGAGUUUCCGGAUCUUACGGAUGUGCAGUUGAAGGGAAUUAUUCAUCCGUGCUGGGCGGGUCAUUAUGCGAGCUUUGAGGAGGUUUUGGUGGAUGUGAAGGAGCAUAUUCGGCUUCUUUGA